UCCAUCAGUGGAGUGUGCGAAGGAUUCCGUGAACGUUUCCAGAGGUGGAAAAGGCUUGUCUUUAGUAUGAAUUUGAGCAUUGGUACAUCUACACAUUCACUGGAAUAGAGAAUUGACCUUCUCAAUCUUUGUAGUACCAGACCUGAAACUGCAGCAUCAUGGAAACUGAGUAUUCGAAAAGGGUCUAUCAAGGGGUGAGGGUCAAGCACACAGUGAAAGAUCUACUGGCAGAGAAACGACAAAAUCAAACAAAUGGACCAAGAUACAGUGGAGGAACAUCCAGCCAAUCAUCAUUUGUUCAAAUGCCAGGGUCUCACAUGAUCCCGAGCUACUACGGCAUGAGGCGACCUUUCAUCUCCGACUCGGACUUCUCUCCCAAGCAGUUCUCGGGCGAGGUCUACUCCUCAUCCCUGGGUGGCAAGCCUCUAGGUUGUGACCCAUCGGCCAUGUCUGGCUACCCGUCCGUCAUAGACAGCUACUACCCGGAAACGUUCGGAGACUACCGUAGUGCAGCCUUCACCACCGGAGGGAGCUCUAUCUUCCCCAGCUCAGCCCUGUCCACUCUGCUACCACCUUUCUCUGGAGAGUCCCCCCACUUUCUCCUGAGGGAUUCAUGGGAGCAGCCAGUGGCAGACCCAGUGACCCAGGGAGAGGGUUUGUGUGCAGACGGCCUGACCUCUGUUCCAGUCUCCCUGCCCAGCCCCGACCCUCCCGGGAGCCCGUCACAGUACCGCUGCUCCACCCGCAGCUCCUCCAUGGCCUCGGCACAGCCCUAUGCCCUUCACCCUCUGGAAGAAGUACACUACCACACCUCUUACCCUGCUGCCUCCACUUUCACAUGUCCUUCCUAUAUGACUGUCUCCAACGACCUAGCCUCCAAGAUGGCCCCUCUAGCUAAUGAGGACUCUGACAGUACCCUGGCCACACAUAGUGACACACACUCGUGGGUGAAAGAAGAUGGUGGAAGCUCUUGGUCGCCAUAUGAGAUUCGGAGGUCUUAUUAAAUCCAUUUGGAAACAUCCUGUCCUUCAACAGAAAACCAAAACAAUGCAGAUGCAAGUGACUCAGCUCUUUGUGGUCCAAAUAUUGACUUUGUAGACUUUGCUAAUCUUUUUCUAGAAGUACAAAGUGGAACUUUUACUUAUUUGACCCUCCUAAGUCCCCUGGUGACAUUAUGGUAUGUAAGAACUAACUCACUGGGCACACAAUGGUUGAAUCAAUGUUGUUUACACGUCAUUUCAAUUAAAUUAUGUUGAACCAACUUAAAAUAGACAUUGAAUUGACCUCUGUGCUCAGUGGGAACCCUUUGCAUGGGCACGUGACAAUGGACCAGUUGGAUUCUGUGCCUGUGUUCAAAUGUUUGAAAUAGAUGUGUUUUUAUGUAGUCAUUAUAUUAGGAAAACAUCAUUGUAAUUGAUAUACUGCCAUUGCGACAAUUGCAAUUUGCAUUUAUUUUUUGCUGAAGGUCGUUUUACUUUAACCUUCUUUACUUUAUCGCAUCUUGUUGUCAGCUUUAAUAACCAAAUCAGAGUUUAUCCAACUGUAUCUACUUCAUGUGAGCAUUUACUCUGUGAAGCUUUGGUAAUGAAUGUGUAUGUUUUUUCUCAUCUGUUUUGUAUAUUUUAGGAGCUUGUUGCAAUGCAUUCAUUACUAGUAAUAGGCAGCAGUGACAAUUCAAAGAAAAGUCUUGAGUAUAACAAAAGACAAUCAGAGAUGACCAUCUACAGGAUUCUUCAAGAAGUGAGUGGGAAUCUAUACCUGAAUAUUUUACAUUCAGAGACAAUGCAAGGAACGGAAUUGGUCAAUAGAUGCAAGUGAUUUAUCAUACUCACAGUUCCUGUGUUUUGCUUUACAUUUCAAGAAAUAAACAACAUAGAUAAUGUUUUGGGCAGUAGAAUGUGUAUUAUAAAUCCAAUAUAAUAAAAGAGACUGCAAUAAAUGCAUGAAAAUGGAACAUAUGUUUUACACAUGAAAAAAAACAACGAUUUUGUCUCUACAUUCAAUUAAGACGGAGAGCCCACUUACGUAUAUCCUACUCUAGAUGGCGCAGUUGUUUCAUGUUACCUCUUCCUCUCACCGUACCAGCGUAAUGUGUGGGGAGGAAAUUGCAACCCCAGAAAUAAAACAUUAAAACAUUGUAACGUUAGAUAUUAUAUCAGAACACUAGCAUGAUAUUCUUGGCACUUACGAUAAUGGGCCAAGGUCCUACUUUAUGGAAGGUGAGAAGUUGGUAAAGACACCAACUCAACUACCCAGUGGAGAUGAUGGGCUUUGAACCUACAUGAUAGGAUCAUUGCAUAGGCCCCUACCAGUAUAAAUCAGGAAAGGCAAUAGAUUGUAUUGGGCAUAUAGUGUGUGUAUUUUCUCAAUAUAUGAAUGAUGAUAAUGAUAUAUGAUACCCCAAAACGGAAAGCUAAGCUAUUUUAAUUCAAACUAGGUAUAUGUUUGUGUUUAUUGUUUGCUAUGUUUGUAAAUUGUUAUUCAAAUGUAGGCUAACAAUGGCAAUGGAUGAACACUUCUAUGAAACGGGUUUAUCUAAGGAAAUGUGCUCAUGUUUUCUUAAAAUAUUUGAGUGAAAAUUGCCUUCUGAUAACAUGUUGUUUGUUCAUAUCAUAUGUAUUAAGUUGUAAACUCUUCUACAUAAAAACAGGCAUGGACAGUAACCCUAUUCCAAUAAGUCUAUAAAUUGAAAAUACUUUGCCGACAUUUAAGUAGGCCCAGGAUACAAAAGUAGAGCAAUCAAGGAGUCUCCUCAUUGAAUUCAAAUUGUAUCAGACAUAUAUAAACAGAGUUUUUGCAUUGAAACUCAUUUGUAAAAAGCUUUCUGGAUUCGAAUGAUGCUAGGCUACUUUAUAGAUCGUCUAUAGACUCUUUAUAUUUUAUAUUAUAAAGUAGCCUAGCCCUGGGAUGUCAAUUCAGGUUUCACAUGUGAAUGACUGAAACAUUCAGUCUUUAUGGUUAUAUGAAUAAUGAAUAUAAUGAAUGUAACUAAACUAAAUAAUGCUAAAACCACUGUAAUAUAACUGGUAACACAUGGGUGACGUGAGCUCCGGGGAUGGGGAGCAUGCACUUGCUGAAGGAGCAACGGUGUCAGUGAUGGCAGAAAUGGCUGCUACUAUAUGCCACGCCCACAGCCGAGACAUUUAAUAUUUUGUUGUUUAAAAUAAGACUAAAAAUGUAUGGUCAUAACGUGUUGAUGUGCUUAUCCUUCCUGAAAUACAUAUGAUCUGCGAUGUGUAAUGGUUGGUGAUGUUUAGAUAGAGCAUCUUACCGUUACUUUCCUGUAGGGCCUCAUUAUGAAGGGGAACUGACGGCCAGAUUGGCAAAAGAUGGAUAAAAUGUUUAAAAUAUCAACUUCUUUUCGGUUUGGGUA